GACAGGCCCCCUUUUAUGGCAUCGCAUGACCCAGCCCAUGGCUCAGUUCCCCCUCGCCUUCCUUUUUCUCAUAUUUCUUCUUCGUCGUCCCGGAGCCGCACCCAGAGGAGAACAAGUCGGCCACCAGCCAUGGACUUGGAGCUGAACUACGAAAUCAGUCGCACAGCAGAGUUCAUAUUAAGCAGGAACUUCACAAGAGUUGCUUUGCAGUUCCCAGAUGACUUGUUGAAACAUUCGACCAAGGUUGUUACUUGUAUGAGAAACAAACUCGGGUCGGGUAAUAAAAUCGGGUUAUUUGUAAUGGCAGACACAACGUUUGGAAGUUGUUGUGUUGAUGAAGUUGGAGCUUCCCAUAUCGGUGCCGACUGCGUUAUACAUUAUGGGCAUACAUGUCUCAGCCCAACCUCAACUCUUCCUGCAUUCUGUGUUUUUGGAAAGGCUUCAAUCAGCAUAUCCUGCUGUGUUGAGAAGUUAUCGAGUUACUUUGCAACCAAUGACAAACCUAUUGUGGUUCUUUAUGGGUUAGAGUAUGCACAUGCAAUAACGCAGAUCAAAGGAGCAUUGGUGGAAGCUAUGCCCAAGACCAAAGCGGAACUUAUUUUUUCUGAUGUUAUGUGUUCCAUUAUUAGUCCAUUAGAAGAUAGGAAAUCUGAUGGACUUCAAGGAUGUCUAGGCAUCUAUUCUUCUGGUAACAGUUUUGGUGCGGCUACUGGUACUAGGUAUAGCCUAGGAGGCUUGACAUGGGAUCUAACAGAGGGACAGAGAAUGGAAGACUACUUUCUUUUAUGGAUUGGGCCUGAAAAUUCAGCUUUUUCCAAUGUUGUGCUGACAUUUAAUGGCUGUGAGAUAGUCAGAUAUAAUGCAACAGAAGAUCAGUUAGUGACGGAUGUUUCGCAACAGAAGAGGAUCCUUAAGCGUAGAUAUUAUCUAGUGGAGAGAGCAAAAGAUGCUAACAUGGUUGGGAUUUUAGUAGGAACUCUUGGCGUGGCGGGCUACCUUCACAUGAUUCAUCAGAUGAAGGAACUAAUCAUGCUUGCUGGGAAAAAGGCCUACACUCUUGUCAUGGGAAGACCGAACCCUGCCAAACUUGCUAACUUCCCCGAAUGUGAUGUUUUCGUAUAUGUCUCCUGUGCGCAAACUGCACUUUUGGAUAGCAAAGAGUUCUUAGCACCUGUUAUUACUCCAUUUGAAGCCAUGCUAGCUUUCAGCAGCGGAAGCCAAUGGACAGGAACAUACGUAAUGGAAUUUCGAGAUUUAAUUAAUUCUUCUCAGUUGGAGGUAAGCAAGUGGCCUGAAGAAGCACGCUUUUCCUUCCUUAAAGGUGGAUAUGUUGAAGAUUUUGAACCCCAAGAAAACGGAGACGAAGAUAAUGAUGGUACUCUUGCUUUAGCUAAUGCAACUGAGAAGGCUCUGCGAUUGCAUGACCGAGGCCCUGAUUCCCUUGUCAAAGGAAUAGCUAAAUUUGGAGCUGAAUUUUUCGUGACUCGAUCUUAUCAUGGUCUUGAAAUGCAUGCCAACAGUUCAUCGCCGGAGCCAUAUUUAAUUGGAAGAAGUGGAAAGGCAUCAGGUUACAAAGACGAGAAAAGUGAGCCUGGAACUUUGCAAGUUCCAGAACAGAAAGAAAAGGAAAUAUUGGGGAUUGUAGAGCCAAAUAGGCUUUGAAUGUAGUGAUGAGCCGAUGACUUCGAACCGAGGCGAGCAUGGCCUGGUAGAAAUGAAGAAGAUAUUAUACAUUUUAGGCGGGUUGAGUAGUAAGGAGGAGCAAGAAGUCAACCCUGAGCUUAUUGGUUCAGAAAUGGCUGAAGCUCAUCCAUGGAGUGUUAUUGCAAUAGUGGAUGAAUGUAUUGGUUCAUAACAAAUUGCUGAU